AUGUCUUCACUACAGCAUAGCAGAGGUGUUCAUACAGCACGCGUCGCUUUCCUCUAUCAAGCCAUCGAGUCGCCAAUCAUCAAUGGCGUGCGCAAGCCAAUGAAGCCUGGUGGUACGUCUGGAUAUUCCAAACACAUGUUGGAGUAUGCAUUGACUUUGAUCANNGGCUACCAAGACGGGUGCGCCGAUAUGGCCUUCAACCUGCGCAACCAACCCGGCAUCGACAUCAUCACGCCCAUCGACUCUCCCGAUCCUCGCGAACACGUCGGCUGGAGCUUCCCAGACUCUGAGGAUGGCAUCCUUGCCGCGCUGCAGAAGGGAGCUACGCAUCUGUUCGCCAACACCGUCGUCUUUGCCAGUCAUCCACUUCAAACAUCUGCAAGAGUAGGGGGAUAUCAGGAUACAGUCAAAGUCGUGGGACAUGCGCCGUGCAUGGUAGAGGUUUAUGAUGACAAACACUACGUCAACGACAUGUUGCGCAAGUCUGGCAACUUCACUCUGCCUCGUGGUUGGCUGGUCGAGGACGAUGGUUCAGAUCUAGCCGCAAAGCUCAACUCUCUAGACCUGCACUUGCCCGUCGUUGGCAAACCAGUCCGCGGCCGCGGCAGCCACGGCGUCAAAGUCUGCAACAGCACCCAAGAACUACUUGCACACAUAACUUCCCUAUUCGCAGAGUCUCCAGCCGUAAUCCUCGAAGACUAUCUCGCUGGCGAAGAAGCCACAGUAACGAUUUUGCCGCCUUCAGAGGAUAAUCCAUCUUACCGCGCUUUACCUAUCGUCCUGCGUUCUGGCCAUACAAACGGUGUAGUACCCUACAACGGCAUUGUCCCCGUGACCGCAAACUCACGCGCCGUCACUGCAGACGAAUACGCAAAAGAUGCUACUUAUUCAGCGAUUGCGGCAGAGUGCGAGAAUGUUGCCAAGGUGUUGGGUGUAACUGCUCUCAUGCGGAUUGACGUGCGUCGCGUUUCUGCACAGCCGGGCUCUAAAUUCGCGCUGUUUGAUGUGAAUCCGAAGCCAAAUAUGACAGGUCCGGGACGGCCUGGGAGAGAUGAUCAGGCGAGUUUGAGUGCGAUUGCUGCUGCAGAGGUGGGAUGGGAUUAUGCGAGAUUGUUGACUGAGAUGGUGGGGACUGCUCAACCUUUGCGUCGCCUGAGAGAAAUGCAACCGGAUGCUGCAUAG